AUGAUCACGCCUAUUGAAGCGACAACUCCGAAGUACAAUUCUGCCGAGUCGCCUCCCCACCGGGAGCUGACUGCGUUGGGGUUGCAGGAGCAUCCUCCAAGGUUGUCGACAUUCUCGCACCUCGACCUCGUUGACUCCGGCGAAAGCAAACACACGAUCGGGUGCUCGGUGGCCAUGCUUGUACUUCUUUCCCUGCCGCGAAUGGCUACCAAUAUGGCGUGGUCGGCGCAGUGGGCCGCCCUGGGUCCAUACCUCGGUACAAUGCUGCCGCGUUUCGCUGUGCAGCUGACUCAAUUGAUCGGUCCGCUGUCAGGCAUACUCGUGGCACCGACUAUCGGUGUCCUUAGUGAUCGCUGCACAAGCAAGUGGGGUCGCCGUCGCCCAUUCUUGGUUUACGGAGCUGUUACUAGUGCAGCAUGUUGGAUGCUGAUGGGAUACGCACGGGAAUUGGGAGAGCUGCUUGGUGACUCGGGGAAUAAUCGACCGUGGACUGCUUGGCUCACGAUACUGUUUUACACAUGGAUGGAUGUUACCGUCAAUGUGGUGCAAACACCGGCUUUCCUCAUAAUCGCGGAUUUUGCAGGCGACCGUCAGACUUUAGGAGCCAGUAUUGGACAGGCGAGUUCAACACUGGGAUCCAUCUGCGUAGCUGGCUACAUUUACGUCUUUGGUGCAGCGCACCUGACGCUGCGUUGGUUUCUCGGUAUGUUAUCGGUGACCAUGUUAGCUUCUGUAGGUGCUGUAUGCGCGUUUGCGAAGGAAGAGGUACCAGUCUCUAAGGACUUGGACUUUGAAUCGGGCGAAGAAGCUUCUAGCGCAACGAAGCGGAUUGGCGAAGCCUUUUCCUGCAUUUAUCACGGCUUAAAGACGCUUCCUCGCACACUAGCAGUGUACUGCCUCGUGCUCUUCUGCAUCCAGUUUGGUUUUACAGCCUACAAUGGCAACAAAGGUCAGUUCUUUGGCAUUGAAGUCUUCGGUGGGAACUCAACUGAUGCAGACAUUUGCGACUUGAGUCACCACUGUACGCCCGACCAAGAGCGCUACAACGAUGGCGUUCAGAUUGCUGGUGGUCUAGCAGACUUGCUUUUCAAUGUGCUCGGAUAUCUGUAUUCAUGGAUGUUACCGUUCCUUGUUCAUCGUCUGGGUGCACGCUGGGUCGUCACGGUUGCGUGCAUUCCGCAGGCACUGCUUAUGGUGAUGGCGUUUACGAAACUUGUUGCUGUGGACGUGAUGAUUGUCGUAUUGACGGCUAUUACGCAGUCGACAGUUUUUGCACUCGUCGUGCCUAUCAUCGUGCAUGUGUUUGGGACUUCUGCGCAAGUCGGCAUGUAUGUUGGUGCCGUUAAUUCCGCCAAUUGUAUGGGCCAGCUUCUCAAUUUCUUGGUCGGUGCUGCACUUGUCAACACAUCGCUUGGAUACGCAUUACCGGUGUUUGUGGGAGGUGCUCUCUCAUUGUUAGGCGCAUUGAUUAGCCUCCAAGCGCUACGGAUUGACAUGUAUUCCAUGUAG